AUGAUUUCCACAGAAGUGGAAGGGGCUAAGAAGUCAUAUGGGGUAUACGACAGCAACACUGCAACAAAACUGUUUGUUUUUGGGGACUCCUAUGUUGACACAGGGAAUUUCGUGCAUUCAGAAUCAUACAAGCCUCCCAAUGGAAUCACUUUUCCUGGUAAACCUGCAGGGAGAUUCUGUGACGGUCGCAUUCUCACUGAUUAUGUUGCUUCCUUUCUGAAAAUUGAAUCCCCUACACCAUAUACGUUGAGAAAUUCGUCUAAUCUGCAGUACGGCAUAAACUUUGCCUAUGGAGGGACUGGUAUUUUCAACACUUCCAUUGAUGGACCAAACAUGACUGCCCAAAUUGACUCAUUUGAGAACCUAAUCCAACAAAAUAUCUAUACCAAACAUGAUCUUGAAUCCUCAAUUGCUCUCGUCAAUGCUGGUGGUAAUGAUUAUACAAAUGCAGUUAAAAAUGGGCGCAUUUUAGAUAUGCCAGCCUUCAUUGAAUCCCUUGUGAAGCAAAUAUCUGUAAAUCUGAAUCGCAUUCACAGCUUAGGGAUAAAUAAGGUAGCAGUGGGGUUAUUACAACCAAUUGGGUGUUUGCCUGCGUUGAAUGUGAUAUCUUUCCGUAAGAAAUGCAUUAGCGUUUUGAACUUUGUCUCCAAAGAUCACAACAUAAAGCUGCUCCAAGCUAUAGAACAACUCAACAAUCAAACAGGCAAAUCAGUUUUCAUAACACUAGAUCUCUACAGCUCCUUCUUCUUAGUAAUUGAAACAAUGCAGAAACAGCAUGCUGCCAAGAUAUCAUCAAUGGUGAAGCAAACUCUAUCAGUAAUCACUCUGCUCCUUCUCAUCUUCUUCAUUUUAAGAGAAGUGGAAGGGGCUGAAAGGUUAGAUGAGGUAAAACUAUUUGUUUUUGGAGACUCUUAUGUUGACACGGGGAAUUCGGUGAACUCAGCAUCGUAUCAGCCUCCUAGUGGAAUUACUUUUCCUGCUAAACCUGCUGGAAGGUUCUCUGAUGGUUGUGUCCUCACAGAUUACAUUGCUUCAUUUUUGAAAAUAAAAUCCCCCACACCCUAUACAUUUAGAAAUUCCUCUGAACUACAAUAUGGUAUGAACUUUGCUCAUGGAGGGACUGGUAUUUUCAAUACUUUGGUUGAGGGACCAAACAUGACUGUCCAAAUUGACUCAUUUGAGAAGCUAAUCCAACAAAAAAUCUAUACUAAAGCCGACCUUGAAUCUUCAAUUGCUCUAGUCAAUGCUGCGGGUAAUGACUAUGCUACAUUUCUACAAGGAAAACAUGGGAGCAUACAAGAUAUACCAGUUUUCACUGCAUCCCUUAUUCAGCAAAUGUCUUUAAAUCUCAGACGUAUCCACAGUUUGGGAAUAAACAAAAUAGCAGUGGGAUUAUUAGAGCCUAUAGGGUGCAUGCCUUUGUUAACUGUGGCAUCUUCUUAUGACAAAUGCCUUGAACCUUUCAACUUCGUCUCCCAAAAUCACAGUCAAAGGCUUCUCCAAAUUGUGCAAGAACUUAACAAGGAAUUGGGAAAACCGGUCUUCGUGACACUAGACCUAUACAACUCUUUCCUCUCUGUAAUUGCAACUAUGCAGAAAAGGCGUUCUGGUAAGUUCUCCAUCUGCUUUUACUAA